GUAUUGAGAAAGAAUGGGGAUGGGGAUGGGGAUGAAGGCUCUUCUUCCCAUAUCAUCUGGCUUUGCUGCUUCUAACUUCACCCUCUCAAAACAAACCCUUACACCAACCAAUUCCUAUUACAAUUACAAAUCCACCAUUGUUUCUGCCAAAACAGAGAAAGGUAACAAAGAAGAAGAACCUCAAAAAAGGAAGCAGAAUCUGUUCGAAAGUGUCACCGAAGCUCUGGAUUUCGCUCAAGUCAGAUCACCCGAAGAUGCACAGCUUAUCGAAGAUGCUAGAUCUGCAACCAAAUCUGGAGAGAAAAUGAGCAGAGAACAGUAUGGCGCUCUUAGGAGGAAGAUUGGAGGAACGUAUAAGGAUUUUUUCAAAUCAUACGUUGAAGUUGAUGGUGAAUACGUAGAAGAAGGGUGGGUUGAUAAGACAUGUAAAGUGUGCAAGAAGGACACAAGAGGUGAGGCAAGGCAAGUGGACAAGCGUGGAAGAUAUGUUCAUGUAGCAUGCUUGGACAAGCCUAAAUCUGGAAACUUCUUUACCAAUCUUUUUUCUGGUUAAAAUAGAAAUUAUAUACAUGUUUUAAACUGUCAUUUGAAUCGAAUCUUAUAUCCCAGGCGUUUAGGGU